CAGUGCCACGCUUCCCUAUGUUUUCAUCAUGACACAAAUGUUGUGUUCUAUUGGUUACAUUUGGGGCGGAAAGGAUGACGUUGCACUCGAAAUUUUUCUGCGCAGGCUCGGAUGUGACUUUUCACAGUUGCAUGGUUUCUUUUUACUGAAAACGAAACUACACAACUGAAAGUUCCUCCUCACCUUGGAUGAAGUGCAGUUGAGUGAGGCACACACUUUAAUUGUACAUCACUAACAGAUGGGAUAUUGCAGCAAUCCAUAUUAAACAGAUUUUGUGGUAUGGGGAAAUGAAAGGUCAGACAAUUUAUCGCUGUCAACCAAGUCGUGAGCACAUGACUUCAUCAAGACACGUGAAUGCAAAAAGAAUUGAAGGGCUGGACAAAAAUGUGUGGGUUGAAUUUACAUCUGUGGCUGCAGAUCCUGAAAUUGUUAACCUUGGCCAAGGACGUCCAGAUUUGUCCCCUCCAAGCUACGUAAAAGAAGCACUUGCGAAUGCCACAGCAGUUGAUGAAUUUAAUCAAUACACUCGUGGUUUUGGACAUCCAUCACUAGUAAAGGUACUCUCUGAAGUAUAUGGCAGAUUAUAUGGACGUCAAAUUGACCCCUACAAAGAAAUCUUGGUGACUGUUGGUGCAUAUGGCUCUCUGUUCAGUGCAAUACUGGGACUGGUUGAAGAAGGCGAUGAAGUAAUCAUAAUAGAGCCAUUUUUUGACUGCUAUGAACCAAUGGUCAGGAUGGCUGGAGCAACCCCUGUUUUUAUACCCUUAAGACCUAAAAUACAGAAGGACAUAAUGAGCAGCAAAGACUGGUGCCUAGAUCCAGACGAGCUUGCAAGUAAAUUUACUUCAAAAACCAAAGCUAUUAUAAUCAAUACACCACAUAAUCCUUUAGGAAAGGUUUUUACUCAAGAUGAAUUAAAAAUAAUUUCAGAUCUUUGCAUUCAGUAUGACGUUCUGUGUUUUAGUGACGAAGUCUAUGAAUGGAUAGUCUAUCAUGGAAACAAGCACAUUAAAAUAGCUACUUUACCAGGGAUGUGGGAGAGAACAGUGACGUUUGGAAGUGCUGGAAAGACAUUCAGUGUAACUGGAUGGAAGAUCGGUUGGUCCAUUGGUCCAGAGCACCUAAUAAAACAUCUUAUGACUGUCCAUCAGAAUUGUCUUUAUACUUGUGCAACCCCUUUACAGGAGGCUGUUGCACAAGGUUUCCUUAAGGAGUUAAAUCAAAUGGAUGACCAUGAAUGCUAUUUUAAUGCUCUGCCUCGGGAACUUGAAGGCAAGCGUGACCAAAUCACCAGGUUGCUUCAUGAUGUUGGUUUGAAACCCGUUGUUCCUGAAGGAGGCUAUUUCAUCAUUGCUGAUGUAGCAGGGCUAGAUGUUGAUCUUUCAGAAGUAGAUGGUGACGAUCCAUAUGAUUACAAGUUUGUAAAGUGGAUGAUUAAGCAUAAGAAACUGGCAGCUAUUCCCGUGUCAGCCUUUUACAGCUGUGAGUCCAAAAAGCAGUUUGAAAAGUACAUUCGUUUCUGUUUUAUUAAGCAAGACAGCACCUUAGCUGCAGCUGAGAAAAUCCUGAAGAACUGGAACAAAAAAUGAAAUGUGCCUGACAGCAUUACCUUUGACAACAAAUAAGUCAAAUUGAUGUUCUUAAGUAAAUGGAAGGCAACAGACGUUUUCUUUGAAUUUACUGAGCCUUUUCAGCACUUUAAAUUGAUGCAUAGGUACAGGCAGAAUCAGCUGUCUGUAGAAUUUUUUCUUAAUUUGAUACUGUCAUACAGGUCUGUUUCCAGUUUUGUAAAUUAUUUUUGCAAACCUGCACAAUUAAAUAGCAAAUGAUUGUGUUUGUUUCUUGUA